AUGAACUCUUUGCUGGAUAUGCUGGACGACGAUGAGGCCACAAAGAUCAGUGUGUCUGAUGAGCCUGCUGAAGUGAUGGGGGCGUUCCAGGACACACUGCGCGGAUUGAUCUGCCUCGGCCGACUCUUGGAACUGGACGAGCUUUGGAACUUCGAGCCAAAGGACUGCUUUGAUGCAAAGCUGUUUCGAAUGCUACUGGCCCGAAGCUGUCGCACUGGCUUGCGAAGCCUCGGCCGCGGAGGGAGAGGAGGCAGAGGGACUGGGAUGUCCUUGGCCGCGACGAGGGCAUCUCGUUUGGCACGGUUGCUGGCGAAUGUCACGCCUCUGAUGGACGACACUGAGAACGAGCGAUCCGAGAAGCUUUCGGAAUUGAAGGUUAGGGAGGAGGAGCCGCUCAAGAUCUCAGAUAUGAGAACCUGA